UCCAACACAUUCGCGUUGCUCGGCGUUCAGCUCUCCGGUCCCGCCGGCUCUAGCCCGCCCUCUGGUGGAGACGACCGGCCGCCGCGGCGGCAGGCAGGUGCGCGCCCUCCUCCAGCUGAGCAGUUGCAGAAGUUCGCAGGAACCGCAAGGACCGGCGAUCAGCAGCUAGAGCCGCCGGUAACCCCCCUGCAGCCGGAACAAACGGGCUGGGAGCCCUCUGUCUGCGGGCCGUUCGUUGGCGAGCAGAUGGAGACAUGAGGAAGACUCCGAAGAGCAGGAGCAGAGCUGGAAUGCUCCCAGAAGCCCUGACUGGACUGCUGCUGCUCUUGUGGUUUCAGGCUGUGCUGGGUAGGGUCUUGGAAGAGACCUACCAGAAGUGGCUGAAAUAUCAGGAGGACUGUGUGAAGCAGAUGGAGAGCGAGCCCUACCCUUCCGGUAUUUACUGCAACAGGACCUUUGACAUGUAUGCCUGCUGGCCAGACGGCCUUCCAGGGAGCCUUGUUAAUGUGUCCUGCCCAUCCUACCUGCCCUGGUUUGAGAAAGUGAGGCUGGGCGUGGUGCGGCGGCGCUGCGGUCCUGAAGGGCAGUGGGUCAGCCAGGACGGCGGGCAGCCCUGGAGGGACGACUCUCAGUGCGAGGACGAGAAGGAAGUCACGUCUGAAGAGGUCUGGUACAAGCAGCUGAUGGUGAGCUUCAAAGUCCUCUACACUGUGGGCUACUCCCUGUCUCUCUUCACUCUCAUCUCCGCCCUUGUCAUCCUGCUGGGCUUCAGGAAGCUGCACUGCACUCGGAACUACAUCCAUGCCAACCUGUUUGUGUCCUUCGUGCUGCGGGCAGUGUCCGUCAUCGUGAAGGAUGCCCUGCUGGAGCACCACUGGGGCCGGGAGAUCACAAUGGAGUCCGACCUGGGGGAGAUCCUCAGUCACCAGGCGGCGAUUGGCUGCAGGAUUGCGCAGGUGGUGAUGCAGUACUGCAUUCUGGCCAAUCACUACUGGUUCUUUGGGGAGGCGGUCUACCUCUACACGGUCCUGAUCGGCUCCGUUUUCUCGGAGAAGAACAGCUGCACGGCCUAUUUGUACCUCGGCUGGGGUAAAGCUCUCCCAUGAUGCUUUGGGUCACCCGGGGUGGCGGCGGAUUGCAGAGGCUCGUUGGCACACUGCAUAGCCGUCGCAUAACAGCAAAGACAAGGAUCCGCAUUUAAAUCGGAGAACAGGAGGCGCUUCGCUACACAAAGGGUUGUGGGGGUCUGGAACAGCCUGCCUAAAGGCUGGCACUCUUGUUGCUUUCAAGAAAUGUCUGGAUGAGAUCCUGGGAUCAAUUAGCUACUAAUUACCAAACAGGCUCGAUUGGCCAAACAGCCUUCUCUCGUUUGUAACCUAUGUUUGUUUGUUCCUAUGCUCUCUGUUUCAAUACUGAGAGUCUGAGCCUGUUCCCAAGGUAGCUUCCUACUCAUUCAGAAAUUCUCUGCUUACAAAAAAUAUUUUUUUCUUAGUAAGGUCAUUGCUAGCAAGUUUAUUUUCCUGGCUAGUAGAGAAUUAGGGGCCUCUAAAUUGCGGACUUUUAGAUUAAAAUGGAAUCCAGGCUGCAGAACCCCUCAGGAGAGCAGGUUACAGGGCUCGGAACUGCACUCCAUGAGGUCUUUCUGACUUUGAGAAAUUGUUAGUGGGGGUGAUUGUGUUCCAUGGUGACUAGUUUGU